CCAGUCUUCUGCAAUUUGGGAAUGCGCUCUGAGUAGGUAUAAAAGCGCGAGCACUUCUCCGUGAACAGUCAGUCAGUUCUGAUCCCAGGAACAACACUCCUACUUCUACAACCAUGUUUGCCAAGGUCGCCCUCUUCUGCCUCGUUGCCGUCGCCACUGCGGCUCCCCUUGAGGACUACCCACCUCAGCCAUACAGCUUCAGCUAUGACACCACCGACGAGUACGGCACCCGGCUGACCCGCGAGGAGUCUGGUGACGCCAACAACAACAAGGUCGGCUCUUACAGCUACACCGACGCCCAGGGCAUUGCCCGUACUGUCAGGUACACCGCUGAUGCCGAGGGUUUCCAUGCCACCGUCGAGACCAACGAGCCAGGAACCAAGAGCUCCAACCCAGCCGAUGCCCUGUACACCUCUAGCGCCGUCGAGGUUGCCCCAGCCCCAGCUGCCGCCGUCGUUGCCAAGCCCGUGGUCGUGCAGUCCGCCCCAGCCACCGUUGCUGUGCACUCCGCCCCAGCCACCGUUGCUGUACACGCCACUCCUGUUGCCGUGCACGCCGUGCACCCAGCUCAGUACGCCCUGCACCCAGCUCAGUACGCCCUGCACCCAGCCCAGUACGCCCUGGCCGGCUCCCCAGUCGCUGUCGUCCACCCAGCUCCUUUCACCGUCGCCAAGAGCGCUCACCGUGCACUUCGUGGCAGCCGUCGGUCUGUGUCACGGACAUUCACCCCAGAGGAGCUCCAGGGCCACGUCAGGGCGCAUUUACCCCCGAUCAACGACAUGAAGAACGCCCUCGCCAUAGCAGGACUGGAGGGCACAAUGUUACCCUUGUCCAUCAAAUCGGAGCCAGCACCCGCCGACACAAUGUUCUCCAAGGUUCUCCUGUGCUGCGUCGUCGCCUUCGCUGCCGCCCAGCAGCAGCCAAACGUGGAUGGGCCACCACAGCCAUACAGCUUCAGCUACGACAACACCGACGAGUUCGGCACCCGCAUCAGCCAGAGUGAGACCGGUGACGAGAACAACAACAAGGUCGGCUCCUACAGCUACACCGACGCCAACGGCAUCUCCCGUACCGUCAAGUACACCGCCGACGCCGACGGCUUCCACGCCACCGUUGAGACCAACGAGCCAGGAACCAAGAGCUCGAACCCAGCCGAUGCCCAGUACAUUUCCAACGCCGCUGAGGUUGCCCCAGCUCCAGUUGUGGCAAAGCCAGCUCAGGUCGUCGUCAAGGCCACCCCAGUCGUGCACACCGUCCACGCUGCCCCAGUCGCUGUGCAUGCCGUGCACGCCGCCCCAACCUUCGCCCUCCACGCCGCUCCAGUCGCCUUGCACCACGUGACUCCAGUCACCCUGGGUGCCCACCCAGUCGCCUUCCACGCUCCCCUCACCUACACCCUCGGCCGUGCUAAGAGCCGUUAAGCAAUACCUGUAGUC